AAGGGAGCUCUACUGCCUUCCUAAUCAGGGUUAUGGCCUCACCAUUAUUGCUAGCUUUCUUAUUUUUUGUAAUUCUUGAAUCUCCGGCGACGGCGAAUCUUAUUAUUGAUGAGGUUUAUAGUAGAGAGGAGCUUGUGAAAAUGGCUGGCUAUGGUGAAGACAAGAUCUCCACCGUUCAGAUUGAAGGUAAAGUUGUUUGCCAGACUUGCAGCGACGGCGCCGAUGAAAGGUCGUCUCUUCAUCCCAUCUCAGGUGCAUCAGUGGGUAUUUUGUGCAGCAGAAGUGGAAGAAGAGCAUCAUAUUCAUGGGUAAAAGGCAGCACAGAUGAACACGGCGGCUUCCUCAUAGAUCUCCCUUCUAAUCUUCAUGCAAUCCCAAAUCUGGAAAAUACAUGCCUAGUCAGGGUUCUUCAUCUCCCAAAGGCCUCAAUUUGUACCCAACACUACUACUACUCGAGGGCACCAAAACACAAAGGAAUUCAACUGAUUGGAGUUCAAGAAGGCACCCGCAGUUACACAACUCACACCAUACACCUUACACCUAAAUCUUGCAAUCACACCCAACAAACAAUGCUAAACAUCUCAUCUUCUACUACCUAGGAUACACACACGCACACAUAUGUAUAAUCACAUUAAUUUGUACAAAUACUGAUGAUGUGUUUGGAAGAGAUUAGAGAUGUAUAUUAUUAUAAUUAUUGUACGUGUAAAAAGUCUUAUAUUUUAAUUUUUCAACAAAAAAUGGAUUUGGAUUAA